AAAUAGAUAUGCCGAGCAUUGGAAAAUGGUGCCGACUACUGGCAAAAUACUACUAUUUUGGUAAAAUUGCAAAUUUUGCCAAUUUAAUAAAAACAAAUUAAAUUUUUGUUUAUUUUUUCGAAAAGUAAACAAAAUUUGGAAUCUGAAAAACUUUAUUUUUCUGCAAUUGAAAGAUUUCCCUCAGAAUGUUGAAAGAUUGAAAAAUCGAAAAUACUAAAACUGCCGACUACUGGUACACUUACCCUAUACACCAGAUUUUAAAUGUCAUAGCCUCGUAUUUUUAAUGUCAAGUCUUAAAUCAAAAUCUCAAUACUCCCUCCUAUUCAAUAAAAUAUUCAAAUGAGUGGUGAACAUUUUUGGAAAAACAUAACAAAUAAAUAACAACAUUAGCAGUAAUACAUCCACCACCACCACUACCAGCACUAUCAUGACGGUUUUAAUCGUCACCUUUAUUACCACUGGUAAUGGAAGAAAAACUGAACAGCAACAACACCAGCUAACAAAAAUCGCCAACUGCAACACGCAAUAGACUUGGCUAAACACAACAUAAACACCCAACGGAAAAAAGGGAUAUUCUUCUCGAAGAUAGGGGACAAUAAAAAAAAUACCAAAUAAACAACUGCUGAAAACCCCGACCAACAAUAAAUGAAAAUGAAAAUUAGUUUUUUUUUUGUUAUUUGGGAAUUAUGUAUAAAACGACAACAAUAACAAUAGAAGAGUAGGGAGUGGGGGAGGGAGAGAAUAUAAACAAUCACUCAAACCCAAGGAGAAAACAAAGCCGGGGGAGGGUUUUCGAGCUAGAAAACAAAAAUUUUGGUUUGGUGAACACUUGUCGUUCGGCUUUUCGCCAUCUGGUUGGCUGUCUGUUUAUCUGCCAGGUCGUUUGAUCCUUGCUCAAAAACUAGCGGACAAGUGCAUUUGAUAAUGCCAUUGUUCGGUGUUGGCCAAACGACUGCGCGAAUGAGCCAAGUUAAACGUAGCGUGGCCGCAUAACCAACAAUCAACCCCCGACUAUGAGCGAGCAACAAAAUUAGGAACGACUUCAAUCGAUUCACUUGCCCCGUAUUUGCGACACAGGCUAGUUGUGUACCUGCUGCCUGCUAACCUGCACACUAAUACAGUCAAUUUAUAUAGUUAUAUUUGUUCGGUGGAUAUACUAUAUGCUAUAUAGCAACGGCCAGUAUUUGAGUUGGUUACCUUGGUAGCACCCUCAAUUUUUAGGGAAGUUAACAACGGUCGCAGCAGCAGCGGCAGCGGUGGAACGAACAGUGACGGUGGAAAAACUCCAAACUCACAUACAUAUAUCCCAAGGAAAAACGUAUCCUUAAAACGAUUUGUAAACGUAUACAGAACACCAAACGAAUAACGUCAUACUAGGAUUUUCUUUCUCCUCUGUUUUGAGAAUAAUUAAAAAAAAAAGAAAAAAAUAUUCUGAAAAAAUCGAUUUGGAAUUAUUGCCAGGAAAAAAAACCUUGGCCCAUGUAGUUUCGGAUUCAUUUUUAGCACUUGGAUUACGCGUUUUAAAUUUUUUUCACCCGAUUUCCAGACGAAAUCGAACUCAACCAUACUCUUGGAUAAUUAGCACGAAAUUAAUCACACUUGGCAAAUAUGACCACGAGAUUAGCUGCGGCACCUAGAAAUUUUGUAUUAACAACGGCUGGCAAUACAACAACGGCCGCAACGGGAAUCAUAGACACAACAUCGUCGUCGUCUCCUACACUGACAGUGGUGUCAAGUGAAACAACAGCCGUGGAUACUAUAACAACCGAUACAAAUGUUUUGCCCAUUAUUAAUGCCACAACAAACGAUAUAACAGCCGUGCCGAUAGAAACCCUGGUAACUAGGGACUCGACAUCGCUGUGCUUCAAUGGCGAGGAGUAUCAGUUUAUUACCACCGAACAAUUGCAAGAUAUUAUGACGCAAAAAACGCUGGUUACAACGGCGGCAGUAACGACAUCAGCAGCAGCUACCACAACGGAUCUGCAACAACAACCGGCCAACACCAGUCACCAACAACAUAAUCCUCAUCAUCAGCAUCACCUUCAUCAGGAAAUAAAUGGCCAGCAGUCUCCGUUAUCAUUGACCACAACGGAGGCCGCCACAGGGCCGACUAGUGUCCAUCAGGACGAGGUGGCCGUAAUUAAUGUGGUCCUGCCCAUGGAUAAUGCAGAUGGCUCCAGCAACGAGGCACAUCAGGCCACAAUGGAUACUUUGGCUGCCAUUAAGGACGGUGUGGUUGAUUUGGCAGCCCAUCAUCACAAUCAUCACCACACAGACCCCGAAGAAGGCAAUUGUCCUCAGUUUAUAACCGUCACGGUUUCAGCCCAAGAUGCAGGACAAAAUUACCAGGUCCAAUAUGUAGAUGCUGAACAGCUGUAUCAUGCCAACUCGACACAAACUCAAAUCUCCUAUCCAUUUUGUCCGCUGCAGGAAUAUCAAACACAUCAUCAAACAUUUUACACCACUGCGGGAGAUUUCAAUGGCAUUGCUGACCUUUCCAUUAAUGGGAAUGGUGAAAACGGCACCGCCUCAAUAAUGCCCUAUCUGGUGCCGGUGGAGGAGAAUAUGCUGCUAAACACCUCCUCCGAGGAUGUACACAGCUCUCCACAAACACCCAAUUCCACCUCCACCUCGGCCAUGGGUUCGCAAUGCUUGAAUUUGAUAACGGAUCAUGACGAGAAUUCCAUGGAGAACAAUGAACACAACCAUUUAAUGGGUGGUUCCAAUAAAAUUGCUUCGGCCACAGUGAAAUGGCUCUCCCAGAACUAUGAAACCGCCGAGGGUGUGAGUUUACCCCGUUCUACACUCUACAGCCACUAUAUGCAACAUUGUCAAGAGUGCAACAUUGAACCGGUGAAUGCUGCCAGUUUUGGCAAGUUAAUACGUUCCGUAUUUGCUGGUCUACGGACCCGGCGUUUGGGUACCCGUGGCAACUCGAAAUAUCAUUACUAUGGCAUACGCAUCAAAUCUGAUUCUCUGCUCAAAAAUCAUGAGGAAGAGAAAUCGCCCCAGUCUCAGAAAAUUCUACAACAUUCCAAACACUCAGCAGCCGGGGUGGUCAGCAGUUCCAUGCACAAUUCUCAGAGCACCACAUCGCCGGGAAAAUUACAAAGUGGCAAUACCAGUGAUUCUUCACCAACAUCUUCCUCAUCCAUCUCAUCGCUGCACACUUCAAAUCGAAAGUUGUCCAAGAAAAUAAUUUUCAAACCUGAAACCUUUGCCACCUGCUCACAGCUGUUGGGUGAUGGCACAGGUGCUGUGCCCUGUUUUCCACUCAUCGAAUUGGAUCACACCUUUCCACCGGAGAUAAGCAUUCAAGAUGUGGAUCUGUUUCGUGUGCGCUAUCAGGAACAUUGUGAGAAAUUUUUGGAGGCCAUAUUAAAUUUGGAAUUUAAUACCAUUGAGUAUUUGUGGCGUGAUUUCUGGCAACAGGCGUCCGAACAUCAUCAUUUGGACAAGUAUUUGAGUAAACGGAAAUGGGAUUUCCUCUGUCUCUCGACGACAAUACAAAAAUUUGUCCAAGAUAUUGAUUAUCAGUUUUUCCAAAACAUGGUUGAUGUCAUAAUACCGGAUGUCCUCAGAUCCAUGCCCAAUGCCCUGACCCAGGCCAUACGUAAUUUUGCCUCCAACAUGGAAAUUUGGUUGAGUGACUGCAUGUCCGGUGUGCCGGAGCAAAUGAUACAAAUUAAAACCUCAACGGUAUCGGCUUUUUGUCAAACCCUACGCCGCUACACAUCGCUCAAUCAUUUGGCUCAAGCCGCCAAAGCGGUCUUGCAAAAUAGCGCACAAAUUUCACAAAUGCUCAAGGAUCUGUCGCGUGUCGAUUUCCACAAUGUCCAGGAGCAGGCCGCCUGGGUAUGCCAAUGUGAUCCACAAAUAGUGCAACAAUUUGAAAAUGAUUUCAAAACAACGCUACAACAGAAAAGUUCCCUCGAACAAUGGGCUUCCUGGUUGCAAUUGGUUGUGGACACAGCGCUACAGGAAUAUCAGGGUAAACCUACAUAUCCCAAAGCGGCCAGGCAAUUUCUGCUGAAAUGGUGUCUCUACAGUUCAAUGGUAAUACGGGAUCUCACGCUACGUUCGGCACCAAGUUUUGGUAGUUUCCACUUGAUCCGCCUGCUUUACGAUGAGUAUAUGUUCUAUUUGGUGGAGCACAAAAUUGCCCAGGCACAACAGAAAACCACAAUUGCUGUUAUUUGUGAUCGCAAUGAGCGGAAUUUGAAUAUUGAAUUGGAUUAUCAAUUGGAGUUUAUUAAUUCAGCUGAUACGUCAUCUUCGUUGCACUCGGAGCCAGAGGCAAAACGUAUGAAACACAAUUGAAAAUGUCAAAAUGGGAGAUAAGUUGAUUACUGAGUGAGAGAGAGAGUAAGGAAUCCAUGAAACACAAAUAAGAAUACUAUCUCUAAGAGUUAAGUUGAUAACUGAGAGUUAGUGAGAUAUCCACAACAAAAACUCUUUGUGAAAACAAACUCAUAAUAUUUGAAUGAGAUUCUCACUAAUGAGAAUAACAAUUAAUAAUUCUCUGUAACCGGAGAAAAAUCAGUGCAGUGCCUAAAAUAAGAGAACAAAUUAAAGAACAUUAAACUAUAAUAAAAAUAUAUAAGAAUAAUAUAAAAAU